CUGUAUUCGAGUUAAAAGUGAUUUAAAAAUUGAUUGAUUUUUGUUUCGCAUUUCAAUCAAACCAUUCAUACAAUCACUUCAUUUGAUCCCAAGAUAUGGCACGAUGUAUGAAACACAAGAAGACAUCACUCGUCACCACAGAUGACGGCAAAGGCGAAGACAUUCAACAGCCGCAAAUCUAUGCGAAAGACUCUUUGGAUCGAUUCGGUGAUGACUUGUUUGGUAUUGUGUUGUCGUAUCUCUCACUCGAAGAUCGGUUUCGAUGCGAAUGUGUGUCCAAACAGUUCCAGAGAACAGUCUUCGAGAGUGUUGUGGACAUCAAUCUUAGCGAUGGAUUUGUUUCUAAAGUACUUAAAGAGAAGAGAUGUGACACUCAAUUGUUGGCCACAAUUGCCAUAAAGUGUGCAAACAUUCAAACCAUUGACUGCCGAGAAGUAACCUAUAGAUAUGCGAAACACAUUCCCGAAGUGUUGAACACAUUGCGAGACAAUUGCCCGCAUUUAAGGGAUAUUUACUGCAAUUUAUAUCUUAUCGGUAGACGAGCGCAAAGAAUGUGUUCAUUGGCACCACUGGUCACCCGAAUCGACUACAUUACUGACAGACAAGCGCUCACUCAUUGCCACCGAUUGUCUGAACUACGGAUCGACACAUUUAUGGAAAUCUUUGGUAACGAUGGCAUGCAUUCAUUUGUGGCACACAAUCAGUGCCUCAAGAGUUUUAUGGUCAGCUGUCCGAUCAACCCUCAAGUGUUGGUCCAACUGUGCGGACAAUUGUCACGAUUACCGCAAUUACGGGAACUGACACUCAAUUUAAGACUAACCGUUGGCCACAACCCAUUGAACGACUCUUUGCGCACAAUUGGCGUGAAUUGCAAACAAUUGAAACGCUUGUCACUCAAUGGGUACUCAAAUCCUACGCAGACAUUGGAUUCGUUGGUAUUAUACACGCAAUUAAAACGAUUUCACUUAAGACUCGCCGGUAUCGUCGCUAAUGGUUUGUUGGAUCCGUUGAAACACUGCAAGAGAUUAACGCAUUUAGAGCUGGAAUUGCCGCGAAUUGACAUCAAUUUGUUUAAAAAUAUGGAUAAAAAUUACUUAAGACUUCAUUAUCUGUGGAUCAGAACCAAUGUUAUUACUCGCGAGUGUUUGCCACACGUCUCAAGAUUUGCGGCGCUGCAAAAGCUUGUCAUUCACUUCAAUGAAAGCGAUGGUUUGUCGGGCAAUGAUUUCAGUGAUCUGUUGACCACAUGUCCUAAACUCAAGACAAUUGAACCCCAUUUCCACGAUAUGUCGAACUUUUGGCGCGAUAUUCUCGAAUGCGUUAAAUGA